AUGACGGAGCAAUUUAAGGGACUAGAGUUGAAAGAGAAGGAAUUGAAUGAGCGAAUUAGGUACCUUGAGAUUAAGGAGAAGGGCACCCGUAUGACACUUAAAAAGAUUAUUGAUUGUGUUCAUCGGUUUGUACCAGAUCCAGCAUAUUUAGUUCUUAAAAUGAUUCGAUGUUUGUAUGGGUUGCUCAAGUCAGGGAGUGUGUCGAAAGAAUUUUAUUCAAGUAAUUGCAUAGCUUUGUCAAAAACAGUGAUGAAUAAGACUAGUCUUGGAGUAAGUGUAAGAAAUGAUGCGAUGAAGUUCAGUAUUGUAUGGAAAUGCUUUUUGAUUAAGCAGGGCGAUGAUACUGAUCCUAUGGAUGUAUUUUCCUUCCUGUUCUUUUUAGGCUCAUUCGGUUUAAAAAGUUUAUGUGAUAAACUUGAAUUACUUACACUUUUCGGGGAGCUUUAUAUUAAAACCGAGGUUCCUUUUUCUGGACAAGACAAUCUUUUACGCCAUAUGUUCGGAUCGGAGAAGAAAUUUUCAGGUCAUAUUCAAUAUCUUAUUAAGUGGGAGAAACAUAUUAUAGCAGUUGCCUUUAUUUGUAUAUUUGAGAUGGAGGAUACUUUUCCACCAGUUCCUCUACUGAAAACCUGUUUGAAGGGCAUCCGGAAGAGAGCGCGUGAAAUGGUCAAGAAAGGCAGUGAUGCAGCAACUAAGAAUGAUGCUAUCAGCAUGGAAUUGUCUUCUCUCACAACUGUGCUUAAAUGCAUUUCCAAGUUCAAGCUUGAGUCCAGCUUUUCACCCGCUCCUCUGGAGUUGCGCGUAAACCAGUUAGAGAAGGAGAUGGAAGAAAACACUAAUGCUGAAAGCUCAUUGACUGGAAAAGAUAAUCUUUCAAACUCGGAAAACAAGGGGUCUGGAGUUGCUCUUCCUGACAUUGAUCAGCCACAUUUGGUGAUUCGGAAGAAACAUGCUUUGAGCUCCAUAGAGUCCCAAAACCAAGGAAAGCGUCUUAAGGUAGAUGGUUCUCAUAGGUCAAUAUCGUAGGAUCCUAUAACUUUGCCAGCUACUGAUUAUCCUUUUUAUUAGUUUUGUGUCAUAUGAUAUCAUGUUCCUUAGGUUUAUUUUGUGUUUCAUGGGCAAGUUCAGAGUUGUUGCUGGAUCUUUUAUUUGUCUUUGUAAGGUCACCCAUCUUUUGCAGAACAAUACAUCAUUUUGACUAACUAUUCAAGUAACAUUGAAAUGGGGCCUAUGUAAAUUUGGGACGGAGGUAGUACUUAGUUACCUCUUAUGUUUGUAAAAGGUUUAUAGUUGUAGAACUCGAGUCCAAUAAGCAGG